CAAGAAUAAACUCCAUUAUUCUCUAUCUCUCCCGCUCCAGAGUCAACAUGACUUGUCCCCGAGGGGACGUCUCCCUAUCCUCCUCCUGCCACUUGGAUGCUUUAGGCUUACGAAGAAGCAAGUCUCAAGAGAACACGUGUACGCUGAGCUAUGAGGCUACCAUGACCAGUGAAAUAGUCUACGGUCCAAACCAGAAGGACGUCUUGAUAGGUUUGAAUGGUCGAUUGGCUGCUUAUCUUGAAAAAGUCAAAAGCUUGGAAGAAGCCAACCGCCAACUUGAACAACAGAUCCAACAGGCGACUGAAAAACGGGUGGUAGGCCGAGACUACAGCCGCCAUCAGAAAACCAUUGCCGAACUGGAAAGUCAGAUAAACCGCAUGAAGCUGAGUAACCCGGAGCUGUACUUAAAGAUCGAGAACACAAGAUUAGCAGCAGACGGCUUCAGAGCUAAGUACGAUGCUGAAUUAGCUACACGACGUACUAUAGAAGCUGAUAUAAAAAAACUAAAGGCAACCAGUGGUGAUCUGGAUAUGCAGAGACGGUGUCUGGAGGUAGAGGUGCAGAUCUUAAGCAACGAGUUGGAGAACCUUAGGAAGACCCACACAGAGGAGCGAGAACAUCUUCUGCAGCAAAAGUUGGGAUGUGAGGUAAAUGUUGAGGUUAACAAAUCGGUGGCAACACAACUCCCCGGAGACCUGGAUAAAUUACGACAACAGUACAAGGAAUUGGCAGAUCAUCACAAGAAGGUUUCUGAUGCUUGGUUUGACCGUAAGACUUGGGAAAGCACCCAUCUGAAUAUUCAGACAAAUUUAGAUUCUGAGUCUCUGGUGAACCAAAAAAGACAGUUGUCCAUGUUGAGAAAGACUGUGAAAGAACUGAAGUUGAGCUUGAAGUUCUUCAAAACUUG